GCUUGUACAAAAGAAGUGGAGUACGUCACGAAUCAACUUUCAUAGACAGACUGAAGUUUUACCAACCAAUCAAAAUGCAAAUACCACUAGUUUAAUCAAUCUUUCCACCAAACAGAAUCUAUUAGAUUAAUCAUUCAAGAUGUCCAGAAUUUACGACAACUGGGAAAGGCUGGUCGGAGCUACACUCCUCAGGGAGGAGCUCCGGCUCAUUGCUCAAAGAACUCCCAGCGAUCUUUCUUUAGCAUCAUCAAUACCAUCACCACCUCCAUCACCAUCACCAUCACCAUCAUCGUUGGCCAGGAGUUCAUUUACAUAUGAUCAAAUUCUCCAAGCCACCGAUAACUUCAGCAGCUCCAACUUGAUCAUGUAUGCCCGCACAGGGCUUCUGUUUAGGGGUGCUUUAGAAGCUGGAAUUCGGGUAGUAGUGAAGAAAGUUGACUUGUCCUUGAUCAAUAGAACUUCCUUAAUGCGAGAACUAGAAUUUUACAACAAAGUUUCUCAUCCUAGAUUUGUCCCUCUUUUGGGGCAUUGCUUGGAGAAUGACAAUCACAAGUUUCUUGUUUACAAAUAUAUGCCUCAUACGGACUUGCACAGCUUUUGGUCCAGGAAUGUUGUUCCAUUUUACCGCGGUAAGAAUUUAGAUUGGUUGAAGUGGGAAACGAGAUUGAAGAUAGCAAGAGGAAUUGCAGAGGGUCUGUGCUAUUUACACCAUAAAUGUGAUCCACCACUUGUUCAUAGAAACAUCGAUGCUAGUAGCAUACUUCUUGAUGAUGAUUUUGAAGUGCGGCUGGGGAGACUCCAUGAGGUCUGUACUCAAGCGAAAGAGACGAAUGGGAGUAGGUUUUCCAGGGGUUUUGAGAGAAGUAUUUCUGGUACAUCUGAUGCAACGUGUGCCUAUGAUGUUUAUUGCUUUGGAAUGGUCUUGCUUGAGCUGGUCACAGGCAGGAUGAAAUUUAGCCUUGCCAAUUAUCGUAUGACAAACGAUAGCAUGGCAAACACCUUGUCCAACGUUAGUUCACUGGAUAAGAAACUUAUUCUAAACAUCGUAGAUGGGUCUUUAACCAUAGAUGAGGUUCUUUUGAAGGAAAUCUGGGCUGUAGCUUUUGUUGCCAAGGCAUGCCUGGAUCCCAAGCCUUCUAAGCGGCCAGAAAUGUCAGUCGUACUCGAGGCUUUACACAAUCCUUCAACUGUUGUAAAUGGCUCGUGGAAAGGAAAAAGAAUCGGAUUGAUCCAGUUUAGUUAGGAGGGAUAUUAAUCUGGUGAUUAUGAGAUCGUUGGUCAGCAUUAAUCUCGAUUCAACCUCGUUUCAUUUUCUGGGCAUGCAUGAAAAUACUUGUUCUUUCAAUGGAUAAUUGUAAGAUCUUGUGCUUUUUGUUUCAUGUCUUCCAUUCUAGAGGGCCUACACACCCUUGGCCACACGAAUUUAUAUGGCUGGUUUCCUAUUAUAUAAUCAGCCAGUUUUGGUA